AUGAUUCGAGGAGGAUCAGAUUCUCAGCAGGGAAUGGGAAAUGCCGAUGUCGAAAACGUAAGCGAAAGCGAAAGCGAUGAAAUCAGUGACAGCAAAAUCAAUAAAAAUGUAGAGCUUGCGACAAAACUGAGACUACAGGGAAAAGAAUGUCAUGACGAAGGGGAGUUUAAGAAAGCUGGCGAGCUUUUCCAGCAAGCGGCUGAUGCAUUAGAACAAAUCGACCAAAAGGAACACAUUGAUGAAUAUGCUACCUGUAGAUUACAUCAAGCUCUAUGUCAACUGAAGGAGAAAAGAUUCGAUUUGUGUGUGGAAGCUUGUGCAUCGAUUUUGCAAGACGAUUCUUCAAAUGCAUCGAAUAGCGAAAUUCUUCAAGCCGUCUCACCUUAUAUCAGGGCAAGGGCCUAUCAUCGAAGGGCGAAAGCAAAACUAGCGUUGGAAGAUCGUAGUGGUGCGAUGCAAGAUGCUCGGUCCGCUGCGUUUCUUGGGGACAGCAGAGGAGUUGCACUGUAUGGCCAGCUAAUGCGAGAACCCACGAUUCAAAGUGACGGCCAAUCUAUUGUUCAAGCAUCUAAUGGGCAUAACCCUAACUCUUCAGCAAACAGGGCAAUGUUUGAAUCUCUUUUACAAAGCAAUAAACUGUCACCCUCAUCUCCUUCCCCAGUGUCAGACUUUUCACCAGCUUCCCUUCUCAUGGGAAGCGGAGGCAACAACCUCGCACAAGCCUUGGGAUCAGAUAGUGGCAGCAGCCUCGCUCAGUCUGUCAUCAAAUCUUUGUCCAAACGUCUAGACGACGAAAACACGCAUUCGACAAUUUGCAAUUACUUGAAGAAAACUAACAAGAGUCAGCUUCGGCAGCUUCUUGCAAUGGGCGGAAUGUCAGAAGUCAUACAAGACUCCCAAAUGGAUCGAAUUGUUUCAAUAUGCCAUGGUGUUACACCAAAGGCGAUCAAGAGAGUAGUAAAAGCAACCAAGGGCGCUGUCUAUAGCAUUAAGCUUCUCCGCCGCACAAUGCAGGUCAUCAACAAAUACAAGACAGUGUUUGUUGGGCUAAUUAUCUUACAGUGGACAAAGAGUGCAUUGUUCAGACCAACACCAAUCGAUAAAGCUGCAACAAAGGUCACCAAGAAGGUUAUUGAUGCCGCUGUGAAUGCAGCAAAAUAA